AUGCAGAUAUCAGCUCCGGUUGCGCGAGGCGAAGAGAGCUCAAUUUACCUCCGAAUUCCACGGGCGCAAGACAGCCAACAGCUUGUUCAACCCGUCUGCAAAGAUGGCAUUCUAGAAAUUUCACUGGUUGUUCAAUCUGCAAAGAGAGUGCGGCUAACAGGCAAGGAUAUUGAAACUAAUCCCACCACUGUCAAUGAUGAGGCUCGCGAUCCCCAGUCCCAUUCCUCCAGCGAUGACUAUCCUGAUAUCCGUGGUGAUGUUUGUCGCGGUGAUGAAAAUGCACCCUUGGCUUUCAUUGUUUCCAUCUCAGAGCCUGUACUUCAAGAGCGGCUGGAGUAUCUGAAGGCUCAUACUUUUCAUCUACAGUGUAUCCUUCGCACAUUUUCUGAGAAUAGAGUUGAUGGACCUCUGGCAUUACCAUACGCGCUCUGUCUGGUAAAAAUUCUCCGACAACACGCAGGGCAGCAAUUGUCUGUGAAGAGAUUGGAUGAUACCAUCCAAUUCCUCUCCACACGAUUGAGAGGACUGCUGUCAACACCUCUGUUAUAUACCGAUCGAGGUCGCAUAAGUCGUGCGUCACUUCUACUUCAACGGCAGGUGUUCCACAAGCGUCAGAACUUGCCAGGAGAUCUCUGGCAACGGAGCACUGUUUUGAGCUUCUCCAUGGAUGACAAUCUAACUGUAACAUUGUUCCUUACAAAUCAUCCCUAUUUCAAAGUGCCUGAUGAGAUUUGGAAUGGUGUUAACUCCUUGGAUUUGGGUAUUGCUGAUGUGGCUGUGAUGUUUGGUGUUGGUUAA